CCUGUACUUUGCUUACCAACUCCUGCUACUGGGUAUUUCUACUCGCACACUACAAAGAUGCAGCAGUGCCUCAGCCGGACGGAGGGCCUGCGGAUGGCCAAGUCUUCCUGCUUCAGGGCCACCGCACCUAAGCGGGUUGCGGUCUGCCGCGUAGGCCGUCGGUCAUGCCAAGUUGUUGCCUCAGCUGUGGCCACCAAGACCGUGAAGAUUGGUACUCGCGGCUCACCGCUGGCGCUUGCACAGGCUUACAUGACGCGUGACCUGCUUAAGCAAAACUUCCCUGAGCUGAACGAGGAAGGAGCUCUGGAGAUCGUCAUCAUUAAGACGACCGGCGAUAAAAUCCUUAACCAGCCACUAGCUGACAUCGGCGGCAAGGGUCUCUUCACAAAGGAGAUUGAUGACGCCCUACUGAGCGGCAAGAUUGACAUCGCUGUUCACUCCAUGAAGGACGUGCCCACCUACCUGCCCGAGGGCACCAUCCUGCCCUGCAACCUGCCCCGCGAGGACGUGCGCGACGUCUUCAUCUCGCCCACCGCCAAGGACCUGUCAGAGCUGCCCGCGGGCGCGGUGGUGGGCUCCGCCUCGCUGCGGCGCCAGGCGCAGAUCCUGGCCAAGUACCCGCACCUCAAGGUCGAGAACUUCCGCGGCAACGUGCAGACCCGCCUGCGCAAGCUCAACGAGGGCGCCUGCUCCGCCACGCUGCUCGCGCUGGCCGGCCUGAAGCGCCUGGACAUGACGCAGCACAUCACGCAGAUCCUGUCCAUCGAGGAGAUGCUGCCCGCCGUCAGCCAGGGAGCCAUCGGUAUCGCCUGCCGUACAGACGACGACCCCAGCCGCCGGCUGCUGGCGGCGCUGAACCACGAGGAGACGCGCGUGGCGGUGGUGUGCGAGCGCGCCUUCCUGGCGGCGCUGGAUGGAUCCUGCCGUACGCCCAUUGCAGGCUACGCGCACAAGGGCGCUGACGGGCAGCUGCACUUCAGCGGCCUGGUGGCCACCCCCGACGGCACCCAGAUGAUGCGCACCAGCCGGGUGGCGGGCUUCGGCGAGGCGGAGGCGGUGGCGGCGGGCCAGGAGGCGGGCCGGGAGCUCAAGGCCAACGGUCCCAAGGAGCUCUUCAUGUAUUGAGGAGCCGCAACAUGUACUUUUCGUGCUGAGGGCUGUACUGCACAUGCUCCUCUCGUGCUGCGGGGAGCUGGGGGAUGCAAGGGGGUAGUGAGCUGCGGGACACUUGGGCUGCAGGAGGAGAAGAUUAACACAUGCUAAAGGGAGGGGGAUUAGUGCAAAGGCGACGGGCGGGAUGAGGUUGCAGGGGGAAUGGGUAACUGACGAUGGCGUUGGAGAGAAUGGGGGGCUUUUGGGGCGGAAUUUAGGGGCCAGGUUGGGAAAGGGAAGAGUUAGGUAGGAGCAUGCAGUAGGGUGAGGGCUUGCCGUUCCACUGACUCGUGGCCUGGUCGCAUCUGCGCCAGGAGAAGAGCCAAGCUUGAGUGCCGAGAUAGCGUGCCAUUGCUACUACUAGUCCGAACACGCACUUGCCCAGGAGGCGGGGCAGUGCAGCCCCCUGCUUCCACUGUCUCAUAAGUGGAGCGUAGCGCAGGGGUAGAGGAGAGACACAGCAUGGCCUCCCCUGGACUGCUGCAGUCCCGUGUUGACAUUCCGCUGACGCGAGGCCGACCUGACGGAGCUGUGGGACUGAGGAGCAUGCGGCACUUGCGGGUUUUGUUACGCCGCUUGCUGCGCGGGCACAAUGCUAGUCGCUGAUGCCUUGCCGAUAAUUCGAUGCUGCAGAUAACACCGUUACAUGGGGCUUGACUGUCGACCUUUUUGUCUCAUGCUGCUUCAACAUGCUGGCGCGGUUUGACGUGUGAUGCCUGACAGUUUACUAUUUCCUGUGUGCAUGUGUUUAUAUUGCGAAUGGUGCCUUGAGGCUUGCGGUGGGGUCGCUGUGCGUAGGACAUGCCAAUCGCUAACUCUUGUGACAGUGCCCAUGCAAUGCGCAAGUCUUGAUAGGUUGCAUCGAAGCUUUAAUGAUCUUGCCAAUCUUGUUCAGUGAGAACUAUGCUUCUGGAGGA